CAAGCUCUGCUCCUCCUUUUCCACUGCUCUGCGUCUGCGUCUGCGUCUGCACUGCUUCGCGUCUCCCUCCCCCCGCCUCCGCCCCCGCCCCGGCAAAAAGCAAAACACGGCCAUGGAAGGCUACGACCGCGAGUUCUACCAGUUCAGCGACCAGCUGCGCCUGCAGACGGCCGCCUUCUCGGGCCUCUCCCUCGGCGACUCCAUCUGGUCCCCCGCCGGCCGGCGCAACAACAGCAACGACGUCCUCUUCGCCGCCUCCGCGUCGCCCGCCGACGCCGCCGCCAAGAGCAACGCCGUCGUCGGGCUCAAGCUCAACGACGGAGGGCCCGGCCUCAUCGGCUCCGGGAAGCUGGCCUUCGGCGGCGGCGCCGGAGGCGGCGGCACCAACAAGGCCGACCGCUACAACAACAACAACCUCCCCAACACCGACAACAAGACCGUGUACAACACCAGCAGCAGCAGCUUCAUGGGCAACGGCAGCAGCUACGCCAAGAACAACAACAACAACGCCGACAUGCUGGCGUUCGACAAGAUGGGGAGCUACGGCUACAACGGCGGCGGUAAUACCAACAACAACAGCAACGGCGUGGAGGUGAAGAGCUACUUCAACAAGUCCGCCGGGAGGGCGGCGAGCAACAACAACAACAACAACAACAGCCACGCCGGCGGCGGCAACAAGAAGGGCGGCGCCGGGGAGUACGGCAGGAAGAAGCACGCCAAGAGCGAGGGCGCGGCGGCGGCCACGGACAAGCAGCGGUUCAAGACGCUGCCGGCGUCGGAGGCGCUGCCGCGGGGCCAGGCCAUCGGCGGGUACAUCUUCGUCUGCAACAACGACACUAUGGACGAGAACCUCAGGAGGGAGCUGUUCGGGCUGCCGUCCAGGUACAGGGACUCUGUGCGUGCUAUCCGCCCGGGACUGCCCCUCUUCCUCUACAACUACUCCACGCACCAGCUCCACGGCAUCUUCGAGGCCGCGAGCUUCGGCGGGACCAACAUCGACCCGACGGCGUGGGAGGACAAGAAGUGCCCCGGCGAGUCGCGCUUUCCUGCGCAGGUGCGGGUGGCAACGCGGAAGAUCUACGACCCGCUGGAGGAGGACGCCUUCCGCCCCAUCCUGCACCACUACGACGGGCCCAAGUUCCGGCUCGAGCUCUCCGUCACCGAGGCCCUCGCCCUCCUCGACAUCUUCGCCGACAAGGACGACGCCUGAUCCCCAUCGGAUCUGUCGUCGGGCCACUCGAAGCUCGGAUGCACGAAUGAAUGAACAAACAAUAAUAACGAAUGGAUGUGCAUGUAUAUCGUCAUGCGCAUGUCCCACGACGAGACGGGAGUAUACCACGGUGUAGUAGUAUUAUAUUAAUACGUAAUUAAUAUAGUAUGUCCACCUUUGUUUGAUACUACUAAGGGCUAUGUAUUGAGGCACGCGUCCCAUUGUUUUGUUUUUAUAACACUUGUGCGAUGGUUGCAGAGGACUAGCCCUCUUUUUUUUUGGUAAGAUGUCUGUAUUAUUAUUAUUAUUCGGGUUCCACUGACAUGGAUAAAAACCAUCUGUGAAAUAGUUUGCUCU